AUCCCCCACACUGAUCCUCUUCUUCUUCUGCUACGCCAUGAUCUUUGGCGCUCUUUCUUUCCUUCCUUCGCUCCCACACUCCGUCCAGCCAUCACUUCCUUUCCGUUCUUCCUGCUAAUUGAAAACCCUAUUCCCAGAACUCAUCGAGGUUGUUUUUUUUAAAACCUCUUCUUUUCUUUGCUUCUCCCGAGGUGUGCUUGCCCUAGUUUUUGCGCGCGAGAUUUCGCUCUCCAGUUUCGCGGUUUUUUCCCCCAAUUUUUUGAGAUGGAGAGCGGGUUAAGCGAUGAUCACCAGGGCAUGUUGGUUUCCUUCAUGGAGAUUACGGCAUGUGACUCCACGGACAAGGCUCGGCAGUUUCUGCAGGUGACGAAUUGGCAGCUUGAAGAAGCUAUUCAAUUGUUUUACGUUGGAAGUGAUGGCAGCGGAGCUGCAUCAACAUCUGUUCUUCCAUCUUCAGAAACAACUACUACACUACCUCCUGAAAGCUCCAAUGACACAAAAGCUUUGAAGAGUGAGGAUGAGGAUAAUGUACGCCCUCCCCUACCUGUAAAACGUGAAGCUCUUUAUGCAGAUUCCUUUAUUUAUGGGAACCGAAGGCCUGGCUAUCCUUCACACCAACCUAACCCAGUUGUUGCAUUUCGAAAUUUUGCUGAUGAGGCUAAGCAUGUUGAUGUUUGGGAUUCUAAUAGAGCUGCUAGUUCUACAAGUGAAGGUUCCCGUGAUAAUCUUGCUUCUCUAUAUCGCCCUCCAUUUGACUUGAUGUAUCAAGGAACUUUUGAGCAGGCAAAAUUGGAAGCUGCUCGUGUGGGUAAGUGGCUCAUUGUGAACUUGCAAUCUACUAAGGAAUUCAGUUCUCACAUGUUGAAUAGGGAUACUUGGUCAAAUGAAGCUGUUGCACAAACAAUCAGCACUGGUUUCAUCUUCUGGCAGAUUUAUGAUGAUACAUCUGAAGGCAAAAAAGUCUGCACUUACUAUAACUUAGUGAAUAUUCCUGUUGUCCUGGUCAUUGACCCCAUCACAGGGCAGAAAAUGCGUUCAUGGUGUGGCAUGGUUGAACCAGAGCAUUUGUUGGAGGACCUUAUCCCAUACAUGGAUAAAGGUCCUAAGGAUCAUCAUAUUGCUCACCCUUGCAAAAGAAUGAGAGAAAAUGCUCAAAACGGUGCACUGAAGUCAGCGGCUUCACUAGCUGAUAAUCCCAAUGAAGAAGAUGAGGAUGUAUUGAAAGCUUUAGCUGCCUCCCUUGAGGAUGUAAAACGACCUGCCUUACCUUCUGAUGAAGACAAAAAACCAGAAAAGGAGCAAGAACCUGAAGUUCCCAAGAGCGCAAAACCAUUGUACCCUGUCCUACCGGAUGAGCCUAAAUGCGAUAGCAGUCUUCUUUGCAAGAUUUUGGUCCGUCUUCCUGAUGGUCAAAGAUUUCGGAGAAACUUUCUUCGAACAGAUUCAAUACAGCUGCUAUGGUCUUUCUGCUGCUCCAUUUUGAAGGAGGCCGAAUCUCGACCAUUUCACUUGACUCAGGCAAUACCGGGGGCAUCAAAGCAUCUGGAUUUUAAUAGCAAUCAGAGCUUUGAGGAAGCCGGCCUUUCCAACUCAAUGAUUUCACUUACAUGGGAAUGAAGAAGGUUGGUAUCGUUUCUGCUCUGGCCAUUUUAUUGCCAUAUUUUGAGGGAAAUGAUGUAAGAACGUAGACCUUAGGAGAUCGGUCAUGUUCAUUCCCUUUUUUUAGGAGCCAGUGCGGCUUUAGAUCCAUCAGUUAUUGUUUUAUUAUCUCUCUUGCACCCCCUUCGCUUUUCAUGUAUAUAAUAUUUUAUCUAAGAUGCUACAAAUGCAAAUACCCUCUUAGUAAAUGAAAUCACAAUCUUGUCCUGGAAUUUCAA